GUGGGUGUGGCUGUCGGCGACGUAGUGGGUGUGGCAUGGGUGUGGCUGUCGGCGACAUAGUAGGUGCGGCAGUGGGUGUGCCUGUCGGCGACAUAGUGGGUGUGGCAGUGGGCAUCGCAGUGGGCGUGGCAGUGGGC